UAAAAACCAAAGAGAGAAGACAAAGAGUAUAUAAAGGCAGCAGAGUGAGCAAUGUGGAACACUAAAAUCAUUACAAUUGCCUACCAACAUAAUAGUCGCUUCUAAACACCAUGAUCUCAUACAUUAUUUCUACCGUUGCUGUCUUCUCAGCCAUCACCUUGAAUGUGCAGUCAGUCACUGUCAGACAAGCGGCAUCCACAGACAUCGGAGACCUCUGUGGUGCUAUUACCGAUAAGGCGGAGUGCAAUGUACACGAGUUCUGUUCAUACAAGGACGAUCAAGUAGAGUGCAAUAAACUAAAUUCCUGGGUAGAGGCCAUUAAUAACCCUAUGUGCAUUGCUUACACCACUGCUAUCGAAUGCGAGGCCGAUCUACUGUGCAAUCAAGGCAAGAACACUCUCAGAUGUAAGGGAGAAAACGACUAUUUGUACUUGAAUGAGAAUGGAACCGCGGUUGCCACCGGUAUUGUGCAGCCCACUGGAGGUGAGUAUGUACACACGUCCAAGUACUGUCGAACCUAUCUAACCGAGGCAGAGUGCGCAGCCGGACCCCACUUUGGCACUGUGUGCGAAUGGGAGGAAGCGGAGGCAGCGGUACCCGCUACAGCAACCGAGUCGGCCGUCGAAGCAAAGGCAGCGCAGUGCGGUAACAAGAAAAGGACCAACGAGGCCGCCAAUGAUUUGAUAUGUAGACCUGAUUCAGUGCCUUUGGAAGCUGAAGCUUGUGCGGAAGAUAUGCGCUGUGAACUUGGACUUGUAGGUUCCGAUGAGAGCUGCAAGCCUUCCGACCAGAUCAUUGUACUCAUCUGAAUAGAAUAACACGGGGGGAACUAUAAAAUGGACAAAACGAUAAAACGUACUGCAUCUGUCGAACUAUGAACAAACAAUACGUACUAGUAUGGAUCUGCGCUGUAUAUUAAUCCAUAUAAGUAUACUUACAUGAGAAUGAAUGUAUAAAUAGAUAUUCACGUACAAAUAUAUGUUCGUAAUAUAUAUAUAUAUAUAUAUAUAUACA